GUAUGCUACGUAUCGUUAUAGGUAAAUAAGUUGGCCAAGCUGUAGUUAGUCGUCUACAUUUUUUCUUAUAUUACUGACAGCUCCAAAACAACAUUCGAAAACAGAAAGGAACUGCAAUUUCUUUAUUUUUUGUAACAUAAAUCGAUGUGACUUUUUAACGUCAAUGCAAAUCAUAUUUUGUGUUGAGGGGAAACGGGAGUGUUUGGUUUGCCAUCUAACAGCGGCUAGCAACACAAAUCUCCACACCGUGUGCCGCUAAUGACCACUCUCCCCUUCAACUAUUUAUCCGUCGGCCUUGAAACUCUGUCGCGAAGUUCAGUCGGUUGUUUCUCCCGGGGAGGAUGAGCUGGUUUUUCGCGUCGUCUAAAGGCUCCGGACCUCUCCCUGCCCUGAACAGCCUACAACAACAGAGACAACGGCAAAUCGAGUCGCUAAAAGCCGCUCACCCCAGCCUUGCAGAAAUCCAGAAAGAUGUCGAGUACAGAAUACCGUUUACAGUCAACAACUCCACCAUUAGUGUUAACAUUUUGCUGCCGCCUCAGUUCCCUCAGGAGAAGCCGGUGGUUAGUGUCUACCCUCCUGUUGGUCAUCAUUUAAUAGACAGCAAUAAUGGGACAAUGAUCACCAGCCCCCUCAUCACUAAUUUUGGUAUGCACUCAGAUCUGGGGAAAGUCAUUCAGAGUUUACUCGACGAGUUCUGGAAAAGUCCUCCAGUCUCGAUGUCUACUGGCCCUGCAGGCUUUCCAUAUAUGUACAAGCCAUCGGGUAUCCCUCCUUACCCUUCCCAGGCUUUUCAUUAUGGUUCUCGUCAUGUGGGUCCCAGCCAGACACCCCCACCUGGUUCUGGUCCAGCUCCAUCUCAUCCAGCAGUUGAUAUUGCUCAUGAGCUCCCUCGAGCUCCAGCCCCGUACGGACUGAUAACUGAGUUGCCACUACCUGUACCGACUGGAGACUCUGAGGUGGGGCUGAAUGGACACAUUUACAAGAUGCCUGAGAUUCCUGAGUCUUUUCCUGAACUCUGUGACAAAACUCUGACGCAGUUGUCAGAUAUGUCUGAAAACGAGGAUGUGCUGCUGGAGUUCUUUGUGAGUUUGCCACAACUCAAACAAGUCACUAGUGAUAAAGAGGAACUGGUCAACAGUAUAGUGGAGAUGGCUAAAAAAAACCUUCACAUGGAGCCACAGCUGGAAGGAAAAAGACAAGAGAUGCUUUACAAGUAUGAACAGCUGAUGCAGAUGAAGUCAGCCUUUGAGACAAAGAUGCAGAGACAGCAUGAACUCAGUGAGAGUUGCAGUUUGAGCACUCUCCAGGCUCGGCUAAAAGUUGCAGCCCACCAGGCUGAGGAGGAAUCGGAGGAGACGGCUGAAAACUUUCUAGAGGGACGCUUUGAUAUCGAUGAAUUCUUAACUAGUUUCAUGGAGAAGAGAACGCUUUGCCACAGCAGAAGGGCCAAAGAAGAGAAGUUGCAACAGUCUAUAAACACACAUGGUCAUUUCCCUCCCAGUCACUAAAACACAAGGUUUGGGGUUUUUUCAGCCAACUGCUGCCAACAAAAAAAAAAAAAAAAAAAUCAAAGACUUUACAGGGGCCGAAAGCACACCAGGUCAACGAUGGGCACUUUGGAAGAUUAGCAAGAUGUUGGUGACAAUGUGGCUACCACAGGAGGCCGCAACUGGGAGCAUCACUCACUUGGAAAAUGGAGUUAUGUCACGUUGUGGAUAGUUUUGUUUGAGCUUUCCGGUUGUUUUGGUGGUGAAAUAUACUUUUAUUCUGGGGUUUAUUUCACAACUUAUUUUUUUCAGCAAGGGACACCCACAUAAUAUAAUAUUGUUUGGUGUGAACACUUUUUGUAGAAAGUACAAACGUUUGACACAUUAUCAACAAAAGUAAACCCUUAAAGGUGAUAUCACUAUGGAAAUAUUGAGCAAUUCAAACAUCAGUAUUUAUACUGUGCACCACUGGUUACAUGGUUAUGUCUUCAGUGGUCUCGCUUCCUUCCUUACAUAGAUGCUGUGUAACCGCUGCACAGUAAUGAUCCAGAUUGUUAUUUAAAAAUAUUGCUCAAGUCAUAUAGCUGAUGAUGUUAAAAUAAAAGAACAUUUGUCCAACUCCGGGUGCCAAGUUAACUGGCCAAAAUUCAGGGUUUUAAACAAAAGCAGUGUUGCCCUUUGGCUCUUGCUUUUUAUAGGAAAACUGUUUAUUAAAUUGUAGAAAGCAAUCAAUUCAUUCUGAAAGCAUCAGAUUUUAUUCUAGAAGUGAACUCUAAAAAUGUCGGUGUGUUUGCAUAGACAAUGAUAAUUCAACAUUAGGCAGCAGAUAAAUAUUGUACACCAGUGGUCUCCAACCUUUUUUUGCACCACGGACCGGCUUAAUGUCAAUAUUUUCAGUCAAUAUUUUUAAGGUGUGGUGGAUGAAUACAACAAACAAAAAAAAUGAUACGACCGGAAUAAAAACUGUGAUAUUGUCUUAAAAAAUAAUAAUAAUAAUACAAAUAUUGACGAAUAUAAAGUGCAUGAAAAUACAACUCACCAUAACACUGCGUCAGCCCUGAGCUCUUUUCUCUGCAAAGCAACAGUCACAUCUAGGGGUAAUGGGAGACAAUGACACCCGAAGUACAUUGCUAAUGUCCACUGUACUCCGUAAUUUUACUUUUUAUCAUUGUAAUAAUCUUUACGUACGUUUAAGGCCACUGUCAUUACGUAGCUUCUUUAGAAGUUUGUGGUAAAUAUCUUUAGUUGCGGGCAGGAACUUCUUCAAUAGUGAAUGACUUCUUAGCCAUUCACUAUUGAAGCAAUACGGUUACCCACCAACAGUGCACUCGAAUCUGUUGAUGUGGUGGCCCUCAAGUGACCGAGACUUGCUUCUUGGCAUGCGCCAAGAGUGAGUCACAGACUGAUGUAACGGAGAGAAUCCGGCCACUUUUCAAAUCUGACUCAAAUAAGAAAUAAAACAGAAAUAACGUAAGUUAUUUAUUUUUUCUGUGCGGCCCGGUAUCGGUCCACAGCCCUGGGGUUGGGGACCAUGGAUGUACACCACCUGUCUGUAUUAAAUUACUGUAAAGAUAUCACAUUUUACACAUUAUUUCAGCAUGAGGCAUUUAAACUUUAUUUCAGAGUACUAGUAGCAAUGUGAAUAGUUUAACCACAAUAUUAGUUUAAUUCUGCUACAUUAGCUGAGUCAUCUGGGUCAGUGCAAACACACUGAUUACCACUUUGCUCUGAUAAGCACAGUAAUGACAGCUGAACUGUUUCCUUGACCCUAGUGAUGAAAGCAGUGGGACAGUGUCGGUAAAUAUUAGGUGAAAUGCUGCAGAAAAAGCUUAAUGGCAUCAGAUACUGUAUUUAAAUGUUAAUAAUAGGCUAUAUUAUAAUCAAAGACUCAAACACCUUGUAUCAUAUGUUCUUAUUUAAUUUGAUAGAGUAAUAAAGCCUUUAGAAUAAG